UAACCGAGGCAAAGCUGGUGAACCUAUCUAUCUUGAACGAUUUGACCUCUCUGUUUGGUGAUCGAUGGGCGAUGACCAUUUCAAACCCUUCGUACAGACUGAAAGCCCAAAACAUGGAAAUACGUUCAGUGAUUUCGAUGAUGAUGAUUUCGAAAUCUAUGUGAAGAAGAACCAACUGUUCUGCGAGCGUGGAAAGUUUUCCAGGGGCUGGGUUUUUUGGAACCAAGAAGACGAACGAUGUGAAUUUCUUCCGGAACACUACUUUCAAUUGUGUACAGUGAUAAGCGAAAAUCUUAUACAAAAGAUAAAAUCGUUUUUUCGAGAGUUGAGAUUCUUGCAAGAACAAGUUCUAGUUCAGUUUUGGAAAGCCCUAGAAUUUGGGGGCGGGUAUUUACUUACUACAAAAGACCAGCCUUUCGGUCUUAACACUACCCACGAAGGACUCUGUUCCUAUAGAUUGAUAUCUGUGGAUUAUCAAUUUGAUGUGGAUGGGGAGAGUGAUGAAUGCCUUGGCCUCCCAGGCCGUGUGUUCAAGUAUCAACGGCCGGAGUUUACACCAAAUGUGCGGUAUUACUCCUGCAAAGAGUAUCCACAGCGCGAUCGUGCUGUCAAUAGCGAUAUUUGGGGAUCUUUGGCUUUGCCAGUGUUUGAUGAUAUUGGGUGGGGUUGUGUUGGUGUACUUGAGUUAGUGACUAGUGCUGAAAUGAAACAUUGCAUUAGUCUUUUCAAACAUUGGAUCUGCAAUGAUCUUGAGGCUGUUGGUUUGAGAAGCUCAAGAACAUGUAAUUAUUCGUAUUGUCAGCAUGAUGAGGAUAAAGCUCUUGAGAUUGCACUGGUUGAAAUCAGGGUGGUGCUGGAAGUGGUGUGUAGAACUCAUUUUCUACCUUUGGCUCAGACUUGGAUCUUGUGUCGGCCUUGUAGUGCUGUUGCCUAUGAUGAUAGCUUCGGAGUAAGUUGCUUGGAACAACUCACAUCCAUAAUUGAUGUAGUCUGUCUGAGGGAGAAAGAUAAGUUUCCUUUCUCAAAUGCAUGUGCUUCGCAUCACAUACGAAAGGGGCAGGGAGUUGUUGGUAGGGCAUAUUCGUCCAAUAAGUUGGUCUUCUGCAAAGAUAUUACUCAAUUUAGCAUAAUUGAGUACCCCUUGGCACAUUAUGCACACGAGUAUGGACUUGCGAGCUGUUUUGCAAUUUGCUUGCGGAGUAGUUAUACUGGCGACAAUGUUUACGUAGUAGAAUUCUUUUUGCCUCCAAGUAACACUGAAGGUGAGGAUCCGAUGAUCAUUGUGGUUCCGUUAUUGACAACAAUGAAACAACAUUUUCAAAGUUUUAUGGUUGCUUCUGGAGAAGAACUAGGAGAGCAGUUACCUAUUGAAGUUAUUGAUCUUUCAAAGGAUGAUAAGCUUGAUUCUUUACCCCAAAUUGCAAGGUCCCCUGCAGAUAGGAUGGAGAUUAAAGGGCAGAUGGAGUGGCAGGAUUUAUCAGAUCAACAAUUAAUAAAAAUGGAUACUAUAUACACUGGAAAUGAUGUUGUUAGUAAAAUAGAAAAAACCAACAAUGUUGUUGCUUCCUCAUUUAAAAAAUGCAUACCUGACUCAUCCCAAAGACAAUACAGAAAAGCUGGAAUUCAAAUUAGUUUUGAGGAUAUUCAACAACGUUUUGGAAUGAAACUUAAUGAUGCUGCAAAAAGCCUUUGCGUUAGCCGAUCUACGCUGAAGCGUGCUUGCAGGGAAUAUAAUAUCUCUUGCUGGUCAACUCGCAAGAGAAACAAGGAGAAUGAGACUCUUUCCAAUAAAUUUGUCCAAGUUGCUGCUCCGGAUCAAAUUCGACAAUCUAGUCAGUCUUCAAUUUCUGAUCCUUCUCAUAGGAAAUACUUGGCUACUGCUGCUCCCACAGAGCUACAUUUUAUGGCAGCACAAGCUACUAGUAUUGUGACCUUGAAGGUAAAAUAUGGAGAUGAUUAUAUUAAAUUUCAGUUCCCUGUGUUGUCGGGAAUGGUAGAGUUUCAACAAGAAGUGGCAAAGAGGCUGAGCUUAAAGGCUGGAGCUUACAUUGUCAAGUAUCAAGAUGAUAACAAUGAUUGGAUUUUAAUAGCUUGCGAUGAAGACCUGCAGGAUUAUAUUUGUAAUUCGAGAUCACUGGGGAGGAAUACAAUCAAAAUGUUACUUCAGCCAAUUAGUAAUUGCUCACCUUGAAUUCCUUCUGAAUAACUAAAUGAAGAAUUCUGUUUGAAAUCAAAAUUAUAGCGCUGAUAGGAAAUUGACUGACUGGAAUACAGGGAGAAACUGAGCCUGGGCGCAAAAAUACUUUUCCUGAUGAUGGUUUAUCAGACAGACUUAUGCCACUGGGACUCAGGUAUGUGUUCCAUCAGUGCAAUGGUAUUUUAAAGUGCGUAGGUUUCUUCAUUUUUAAUUCAAAAAUUUUAAAUGGCAAAGACGAUUCAAACUCCAAGGUUUAUUUGGCAACACAACUCACAUUUUUGUUCAUUGGUUUUCAAAUAAUUUUUUCUUCCAUGUGUUUGUUUGUUUUUUUUUUUUUUUUUUUUUUUUUUUUUUUUUUUUUUUUUUUUUUUUAAUUCAAUUGGCCUUCCAUGUGUUUUGUAUUAGCCACAAUUGGUUGCACAUGAAAUGCUUGAUAAAAAGAUUCAGUUAGAAGGAUCAUUUGCUGACAGAUGUAUUAUCAUGUGCAACAUGUCUCCUAUUUUGGACUCUAUAACCUUUGUACACUUGAGAAAAGUCAAAUAUCUAUAUUCAAACAUAUUAUUAUGAUUUGUGAAUAAGGUACUGCAAGUCCAAGGAAAAAUCAAACACUAAAUUUUCAUUAUUGAUGAGUUCGUUUUUUAACUUUUACAUUUGAUUCAUUGUUUCUAGAUUUAUAGUUGUUCAUUUAGGUGUUUGUUGUGUGGUUAGUUCAGUUUAUAGUUAUAGCAAAUUUUGAAAUAUUUCUCUCUUAUGUUUGGUUAGAAUGGUUUAGAUAAUCCCAACUAAAAAGUCAAGGGUUGAGAUUUUUUUCACUCUCUCACUGUUCCCAUUUCUCUCUUCUUUCUCACCAUACCUCUUCUAUCUUCUAUCGACUCUCUCUCUUCUUUUCCUACACCUACAACACUGUUGUUCACCCCUAAGCCAUCACCGACUCUGU